AUGGCAGUAGUAUGGCGAGAUUCUUCAGCUCUAUUUAGACUGUCAGAAAAGAAAUACAUAGAUGAUAUGGUACGGUUAACCGAAAACUAUCCGAUAGGAUUUCUACAGGAACCGGAAAAUAUGUACAAGUAUACGCAAUAUAAAUCUAACGAACUUUUUCCUCAAACGAAAUAUUCUAGUGAGUGCAAAAACUAUGAUGUCACUGUUUUCUCAAGAUAUGGCGAAUACUUUGACUGCAAUCCAAUUUCCACAAAGUUUCGUACGAAAUUUGGUCGAGCAAAGUCCGAUCCGGAUUUAACAGCUAUUGUUGAUGUUGUAAGACCCAAAAAUCCCACAUCAGUUGAUACCAGGAUUUCCAGUGGACGAGCAUCAUCUGAGAAGAACAGCCUGAAUGGUAGAAGAUAUUCUGGAAAAGCCAGUUCUUCUCCAAAUCUGCAGAGCACAAUUCAGGAAAAAGACGUCAAUGAACGAAAUAAUCCCUUUCAAAACGAGGUUUGGUAUCGAAAGUCUGAUAUGAAUGAUAAAAGGAUUCGAACCCUCAAUGAAGGUGAUACUGCUGACAGACUAACGAUACUUAAAAGGCUAACACGCGAAACCGAAAGUAGUAAACAAAAACAGACUACUUUUCAACUUAGUAAAAGAAACGACAAAACUGAUUCGAAAGUAAGAAAAGUUAGGCCUAAAGCUAUGGUAGUGCCCAAGAAUACGUUUGUGAAACGAAGAAUAAAUCGGUAUGAAAUACAAGAUAUGGUUGAUCGGCUCAGUAUGUGUUCACCAUUUAAACGCUACCAUCAGCGUAUGAGUGAAGAAGUACAAUAA